AUGCCAAAAUUGUCUAGGCUAACAGGAACCAUAAACUCUCCGUUUAGAUUACUUAUAUGUGCUUACACUUCUGCUUCUACCACACACAACACUUCUCAGGGUACAUCGACAUCAAUAGUGAAAAAUUUCAAACCUUCAGUUAGUGUUGAUUACAAUGAUAUGUCAUGUAAUUUGUUGAAAGAUGUUAUUGAUUGUGUGAUUUAUCCUUUAACUUCUUGUGUUAACAAAUGCCUAGUUGCAAGUAAGUUCCUCGACAUAACAAAAAUUUCUAGAGAACAAUUAUCUAUGAGCAAAUUUGUGUACUUGGGUAAACUAAAUAUAAUUAGUGAUAAACAGUUUGGGUUUAGGAAAGGUAAAUCCACUACAGAUGCAAUGGACUCCCUCGUAAAAAUAGUCCUAGAUGUGUUCGAGGCUAGGGGCUUUGCUCAGGCUACAUUUUGCGACCUGAGCAGAGCCUUUGACUGUGUAGAGCAUCACACUAUGCUGAAUGAGCUAGUUUACUAUAGUUUUGAUGACAACAGUAUAAAUAUGUUCAGGUCUUUUCUAGAUAUCUGCCAACAAGUUGUGUGCAUUGGUAGAGAAAAAUCAAAUUUGGUUAUUGUUAGAAUGUUCCUACAUAAAGCUCUGAUCUAG